UUGACCCUGGUGAUGUACGUGAAAGACGUUGGGAACAUCAACUCCACGGUGUUUCACAGUAAAGGUCUGGCCUCUGUGACGCGGCUCAGGAUGGACGGCGCUGAGAUCACAGGAAUCGCAGAAGGAGCCUUCGGUUCUUUACAGAACCUGACCAGUGUCAGUUUAAUGAGGAACUCUUUGACCCAGGUUAACUCAAACUGGUUCGGUCGGCCCGUUGUCCUCAGUGAGCUCAGCCUCUCAGAGAACCAGAUCGAGGCUGUGAAUGAGUCCAUGCUCGGCGGGUUUACCGGCCUCACAAAGCUCAGUCUGAGUAAGAAUCGGAUCAGAACCAUAGGUCCACACACUUUGGCCUCACAGAGCAGUCUAGCAGAGCUGGACUUGUCCGAGAACAGGUUGACUCGGCUCUCGCCGCAGGUCCUCGGGUCUCUCAGGUCCACCAAGAUAAGACUGGAUGGAAAUCCCUGGGACUGUUCCUGUGCGGCUCAAGACUCUGUUCUCCUCAUCAAAGGUCUCCACAGUCGAGCUCAGCUGGACACAGAGUCGCAGGUGACCUGUGUGACGCCUUCAGCCCUGAAGGGUCGACCGGUGUGGAACGUGACGGCGUGCGAGACGUCACCUGAACCAGGAUCAACAUCAGUGUCUCAGUCCGUCAACGUCAAACCCACGAGGUCUCUCACACCUGCAGCCUCUGAAAAAGUGGAAACAACACAAUCACAGCCAACGACGGAGAGUUCUGUCCAAACCACACCCACUGAGGGAGCCGUUCAAACUUCACACACUGGUAACACGAGCUUCUCCGAGGCUGAAACUGGUAAAGUUGGUCAAGUAAAGUGACUUUCUCUGUCGUUCUCUGCAGCGUCAGAAACCUCUGACGCUGCACCACUCAGACACACUGAUCUCAUCUGAUCACAACA